AGUCAAACUUUAAGUAGAAGAAGAAAAAAGGCUUGAAUUGGAUAACUUGCUAGCACCAAUGUGUCGCUAAAUUUCUAAGUUUCACGCAGAACAAGAUGAAUAAACGCAGCGAUGUUGACGCGUAUGAAAUUGAGGAGCCGAGCGACGAAGAGAGAGCGGCCAGCAGUUCGGAAGAUGAACUUGAUGUGUUGCUGAGUGGUACUCCAGAGCAGAAGAAGAAGCUUAUACGAGAGUACUUAACGGGCGAAAGCGAGUCAUCCAGCGACGAUGACUUUGAGAAGGAGAUGGAGGCUGAGCUCAGUUCCACCAUCAGGACCAUGGAGGACACUUGGGUGCCUGCUUCCGCUCGGACAGCAGGAGAAAAUUCCACAAACACAGCGGACGACCCAACGUGUGCUAACCCAGAAAAACCUCAGAUGUACGACAAGAUAUACUUUGACUCGGACUCUGACGAAGAAGACAAGCCGACAAGUAGUUCCGCAGGGAGGCGCCGGGUCCAGCGGCGCAUCCCGACCAAUGACGAGCUGCUGUACGACCCCGACGAGGACGAGCGGGACCAGGCCUGGGUGGAUGCCAAGCGUAGCAUGUAUCAGAGGAAACGCCCGGCGGUGUCCAUUCACUCACAGCGCCCACAGCCCAAAAGUCGUCCUAGCAGUGAUGCUGUCCUCAACUGUCCAGCUUGCAUGACCACGCUGUGUCUAGACUGUCAACGACACGAGAAGUACCGCACGCAGUACCGCGCCAUGUUCGUCAUGAACUGCAGCGUGAACAGGGAAGAAGUUCUGCGCUACAAGAAGCAAGCAGAGAAAACUCCUAGGAACAGAAAGCGAAAGAAGGGUGAGGCAGAGGGGACGCCUGCCGGAAUGGACGGAGAGGAGGUUUACCACCCAGUGCAGUGCUCCGAGUGUUCCACUGAGGUGGCGGUUAUGGACAAGGAUGACGUCUACCACUUCUUCAACAUCCUGUCCAGCCACAGCUGAACUUCUUUGGCUCCAAAGUGUCUAUUGAGUCAUGGAGCUUCUGGAAUUUUUCACACCAAGUAGAAUUUCAAGCAACCAUGUUCUCAUUUUGCCCUUUUAUUAUUAUUAUUUUUAAUCACAGCACAUAUAAUGUGAUGAUCGUCAAUGCAUCAAAAGUGCUUAAAAUCUAUCUUACUGUAAAUAGUUGGAUAUUUUCAUUGUCUACAUAUUUUGUGUGGGGGUUAAUGUAUGCUAUGCUGUUACUCUGAUAAUGAAUUUUAAAAUAUGUGAACAGUCUUUAAUAUUAGAUAAAAAAUGACACACAUUGUC